AAAUCCCACACCAUUAGAUUUCUAGUGGUUCUGUUCUCUCUUAUCUCUUCUCUCGAGUUUCCCUCUCUGCUCUCUCUUCGUGCUCUCUCUCUCUACAGACAAUCAAGCUCUUCUCUCUCUGUUCUCUCGGUCUCCUCUGCUCGUAAGGGUUUUGAUCUCCUCCUGUGAUUAAAGUACGAGCGGACUCUCUCGCUUCAUAUCUCUCCCUCUCAAACCACGAACUCGCCUCCCUCCAAAACCCCGUCUUCCGACCUCCAAAUCCCUCGUUUUCAGGCUCUUCUCCGUCUCCGCUGCUUCUGCGGUCUCGUCCUCGCACUAUCCGAAGAGCUUCGAUGGCGAUAUCGAGCCGUACUUGUCGUGUUCGAUGCCUCAUAAACGCCUUAGAGUCGCCGUGCUUCUCAGCGGCGGCGUCGACAGCAGCGUCACUUGGUGCCUCCUCCACGCCGCUGGCCACUCCUACAUCGCCUUUUACCUCAAGAUUUGGUUCCAAGACGAUUUCGAGAACUUUUGGUCGGAGUGUCCAUGGGAAGAGGAUUUGAAGUAUGCCAAAGUUGUUUGUAGUCAGAUUGAAGUGCCACUUGAAGUUGUACAUUUGACUGAUGAGUAUUGGAAGAAUGUGGUAUCCUACAUUAUUGACGAGUAUCGUUGUGGCCGUACCCCUAAUCCAGAUGUUCUUUGCAAUACGAGAAUAAAGUUCGGUUCAUUUAUGGAUGCCAUCAGCAGUAGGGAGUUCGACUACAUUGCUUCUGGACAUUAUGCGAACGUUGUCUCAUUUACAAAUGAAAGAGGCGAUGCAUCUGUUUUGGAACUAUCACAAGACAUGAUUUUUGAGAAGAACCACACCAAAAUUGAUAAUUAUGGUAUUUGGCCGCGUUAUCAGAGUCGAAUUGGGUACCAUAAUAUGUACAAGGAGUUAUGUGACACCACUCUAAAUGGUAUCGUGGAGCAGAUGUACAACGAAAUGGCUUCUCGCCACAAAGUCAGGUUCUCAUGCAUUCAGAUUAUCAAGACUGCAAUUGUCCCUGCCAAGCUUUGCAAGAGAGAGAGCACAAAACAAUUCCACAACUCGACGAUAAGUUCCCGUUGGUGUACAAGAAGGUCAAACCACCAACUAGGAAGUUGAAGACCACAUACAAGGCAUCGAGGGCCAACUUGUUUAUGUAACUUGUUCAUUUGACUAUCAAGCUUUUAAGAGAAGUUAAAAUGAGGCUAUUCCUAGAUCUUUUUAGUAGAAACCUCUUUUUUGGUCCAUUUUUGUUAUUUUAUUGGAUAUUUUGUUAUUUGAGCAUCUUUGAACCCCAAGUUGGUUUAGAUUAAA